AUGGCUUUACACAUUUUUGAUCCUAUUCAAGACGCCGAAAUUAGAACAACUGCCAAGCUGUUGAAAGACCUCAAUGGUGAUGCUAAAGUGCACUUUGUCCAGAUCGACCGUUUGGAUCCUCCAAAGAAACAGGCUAUCCACUAUUUGAAUGUUGAGAGAAACAGUGCUCCCGGAACUCAGCUUCCCUUUAUCCCCAGAAGAACAUAUGCGUAUUACUAUCUCAACGAUGAGAUGCCACUGUACAAAGCGCUGUGCAAUGUGUCAGAAAAUCGUGUUAUUGCUAACCAGGAAACUCCCGAGGGCACCGUUGGUCCAUUGUUGCCAGAUGACGUCAGUGCCAUCGAAGACACGAUCAUGGAGCAUCCAGUAGUGGUGGCAGAAAUCGCCAAAUUGAACAUCGACCGUAUUCACUACAAACACUCGCGUCUUGGAAAUCUCGGCUACACCGUCGUUUGCGAGCCCUGGAUGUACGGGACCGACUCGCCACACGACAAAAUUCCUCUCAUUCAGGCUUACAUGUACAUGAAGCUUGACCAUCCAGAGGGAAACCAUUACUCCAUUCCUCUACGUUUCUCGCCAGUGUUUGAGUAUCUCACACACAAGUUUGUCAGAAUGGACUAUUUGCCCGCUGGCGCCGACGAGAAAUUCAUUCAGGAGACUCUGCCCUACAAGCAAUUGGAAACCGUUGAGUAUCAUCCAGAUCUCAUCGAAAACUUUACCGAAAGGGGGGGUUUGAAGCCUCUCAUUGUUUCCCAGCCCGAAGGUGCUUCUUUCGAUAUUGAAGGUUCCAAAAUCAAGUGGCAAGGCUGGGAAUUCCGCAUCUCUACAAACGUCAGGGAAGGUUUUGCCCUUUACGAUGUCUUUUUCAAGGGUAGAUCUCUCUUUUACAGAGUGGCAUUAAACGAAAUGACGGUUCCUUACGCGGAUGGUCGUGCACCAUUCCACAGAAAGCAAGCUUUUGACUUGGGUGACUGUGGAUUCGGUAAUACCGCCAAUUCUUUGGCCUUGGGUUGUCACUGUCUUGGUGUUAUUAAGUACCUCGACACUAGAAGAGCAGACCAAGAUGGCAAUCCAGUACUGAUCCCCUCCACCAUCUGUAUGCAUGAACAGGAUUACGGUCUUCUAUACCUGCACAAAAACUACAGAAACGGCAAUACCGUUGCUACGAGAAGAAGAGAAUUUGUUGUUCAAACCAUUGCAACGGUUGCCAAUUACGAGUACGUUGUGAACCUCAUCUUCGAUCAAGCCGGUGCAAUCACCGUUCAGGUCAGAGCAACUGGUAUUCUUUCCACGAUGCCUAAUGAUGACGGCAAUACUACCGAUUUCUCGACUAUUGUUGGCCCCGGUGUAACGGCUCCAUUCCAUCAACAUUUGCUAUCUUUCAGAUUCGAUACGAGAAUCGAUGGAGAUAACAACACUGUUGUUUAUGACGAUUAUGUCCCUAUGGAGGAGAAUACCGCUAUUAAUCCUUAUAAUGUUGGCUUUCGUCAAGAGAGAACUUUUAUGGAAAAAUCGGGCUAUGUUGAGCAGUCGCCCUUCACCAAUCGUACUUACAAGGUUAUUAAUGAGAACUCUAUCAAUCCAGUCACAUUGAAGCCUGUAGGUUACAAAUUUGAGAUGCCUGCAAAGCAGAUGAUUGCAGCAUCAAAGAAUUCAUACAAUGUUAAAAGAGCACAUUAUGCCACUCAACAAUUUUGGGUCAGCAAGUAUCACGAUGACCAGCUUUAUGCCGCUGGUGAGUUCACAAAUCAAUCUCAAAAAGACACAGGUCUCUCUGAAUGGGCAAACGGUACUGAAAGUGUGAGAAAUAGUGACACCGUUGUAUGGGCAACUUUGGCUUUGACUCAUCCUCCAGCAACUGAACAGUUCCCUGUGAUGACGUCUGACUUUUUGCAAUUCUUGGUCACCCCAAGUUCGUUCUUCACCAGAAACCCUGCUUUGGACGUACCACUAGCAAACAACAAUUUCAACAAAUCAGUCUACUACGAGGAUGCUCAGAAGUCAGCAGGCUUUGUCCCAGGUACUUCCUCUUCAGCUUCUUGUUGCAAGAGCAACAUCUAA